AUGGAAAGAAAACCAAGCUUUUUCCCUGAAUUCAAAGGAUUCGUGUCUGGAGUUGUCGGGGCUUGGUGUGGGGUCAUUGUUGGGCAGCCUUUUGACAUCGUAAAAGUCAGGCUGCAAAAUAGUGGCGGAUCUGCAUGAGUUACGUUAAAAACCCUGCUCCAAAAUGAAGGGUUUUUUGCCUUGUGGAAAGGCUCAUUGCCACCACUGAUAGGCUUAGGAUUAGGAAAUUCGAUAUCGUUUGGCAUCAAUGAGAAUGCUAAAAGAAUUAUAAGUUCUCAUAAUAAGCCUGGAGAAAUAUUAAGUUUGAAUCAGCAUGCCACUUGUGGAAUUAUUGCUGGAUUUUCUAGAGCUUUUAUUACAUGUCCUGUUGAGAAUGUAAGGAUUAGGAUACAGAUUCAGGGGAGAAUUGAUCCUAGAGGAGAUCCAAUUUAUAAAGGAUCGGUGGACUGCUUUUUGACGAUUUUGAAAAACCAUGGAAUUGUGGGGCUUUAUAAAGGAUUUUAUAUGACGAUGAUGAGAGAACUAAUAGGCAUGACAAUGCUUUUUAUACUAUUUUAAGGGGUUUUAUAGAAAUGUAGAAUUUAUAUAUGUAUAGAAAUUGGGGAUUUUUUAAUUAAAUAUUUGGGAAUACAAUUUUUCAGUGGUCUGGGAGGAAUAUCUUUGGUACUACAAAUGUAACUACUAAAGAGCUAAGUGUAUGGAAAAUUAUGGUCUGUGGAGGUGUAGCUGGCUAUGCCUAUUGGAUUGGUUUUCCAUUUGACGUCCUCAAAUCAAAAAUUCAGUCAGACUCUUAUGCAAAUCCAAAAUAUAAAAAUCUUAGAGAAUGCGUCAGGCUUACUUAUAAAGAAUUUGGUAUGGCUGGGUAUUUUAAAGGCUUUGUACCCUGCAUUUUAAGGGCUUUUCCUGUCAAUGCAGCAGUUUUGACAGGAUUCGAAGUGACGAUGUCACUAUUCGGGAGAACUUAUAAGUAA